AUGCACUCGACUGCGGAGGUGGGAGCAGAGGUGGAGGUGGGAGCAGAGGUGGAGGUGGGAGCAGAGGUGGAGGUGGGAGCAGAGGUGGAGGUGGGAGCAGAGGUGGAGGUGGGAGCAGAGGUGGAGGUGGGAGCAGAGGUGGAGGUGGGCGCAGAGGUGGAGGCGGGCGCAGAGGUGGAGGCGGGCGCAGAGGUGGAGGCGGGCGCAGAGGUGGAGGCGGGCGCAGAGGUGGAGGCGGGCGCAGAGGUGGAGGCGGGCGCAGAGGUGGAGGCGGGCGCAGAGGCGGGCGCAGAGGCGGGCGCAGAGGCGGGCGCAGAGGCGGGCGCAGAGGCGGGCGCAGAGGCGGGCGCAGAGGCGGGCGCAGAGGUGGAGGCGGGCGCAGAGUUGGGCGCAGAGGUGGGGGCAGAGGUGGAGGCAGGCGCAGAAGUGGGCGCAGAGGUGGGCGCAGAGGUGGAGGCGGGCGCAGAGGCGGGCGCAGAGGUGGGGCAGAGGUGGGGGCAGAAGUGGGGGCAGAAGUGGGCGCAGAGGUGGGCGCAGAGGUGGGCGCAGAGGUGGGCGCAGAGGUGGGCGCAGAGGUGGGCGCAGAGGUGGGGGCAGAGGUGGGGGCAGAGGUGGUGGGGCAGAGGUGGGGGCAGAGAGGUGGGCGCAGAGGUGGGCGCAGAGGUGGGCGCAGAGGUGGGCGCAGAGGUGGGCGCAGAGGUGGGGGCCGAGGUGGGAGCAGAGGUGGAGGUGGGAGCAAAGGUGGAGGUGGGAGCAGAGCAGAGGCGGGCGCAGAGGCGGGCGCAGAGGUGGAGGUGGAGGGGCGCAGAGGUGGAGGUGGAGGCAGGCGCAGAGGUGGAGGCGGGCGCAGAGGUGGAGGCGGGCGCAGAAGUGGGCGCAGAGGUGGGCGCAGAGGUGGGCGCAGAGGUGGGCGCAGAGGUGGGCGCAGAGGUGGGCGCAGAGGUGGAGGCGGGCGCAGAGGUGGGCGCAGAGGUGGAGGCGGGCGCGGAGGUGGGCGCAGAGGUGGGCGCAGAGGUGGGCGCAGAGGUGGGCGCAGAGGUGGGCGCAGAGGUGGGGGCCGAGGUGGGAGCAGAGGUGGAGGUGGGAGCAGAGGUGGAGGUGGGCGCAGAGGUGGGCGCAGAGGUGGGGGCCGAGGUGGGAGCAGAGGCAGAGGUGGGCGCAGAGGUGGGCGCAGAGGUGGGCGCAGAGGUGGGCGCAGAGAGUGGCGCAGGUGGGGGCAGAGGUGGGGGCAGAGGUGGGGGCAGAGGGGGGGCAGAGGUGGGCGCAGAGGUGGGCGCAGAGGUGGGCGCAGAGGUGGGGGCCGAGGUGGGAGCAGAGGUGGAGGUGGGAGCAAAGGUGGAGGUGGGAGCAGAGGCGGGCGCAGAGGCGGGCGCAGAGGCGGGCGCAGAGGCGGGCGCAGAGGCGGGCGCAGAGGCGGGCGCAGAGGUGGAGGCGGGCGCAGAGUUGGGCGCAGAGGUGGGGGCAGAGGUGGGGGCAGAGGUGGAGGCAGGCGCAGAAGUGGGCGCAGAAGUGGGCGCAGAGGUGGGCGCAGAGGUGGAGGCGGGCGCAGAGGCGGGCGCAGAGGUGGGGGCAGAGGUGGGGGCAGAAGUGGGGGCAGAAGUGGGCGCAGAGGUGGGCGCAGAGGUGGGCGCAGAGGUGGGCGCAGAGGUGGGCGCAGAGGUGGGCGCAGAGGUGGGCGCAGAGGUGGGGGCAGAGGUGGGGGCAGAGGUGGGGGCAGAGGUGGGCGCAGAGGUGGGCGCAGAGGUGGGCGCAGAGGUGGGCGCAGAGGUGGGGGCCGAGGUGGGAGCAGAGGUGGAGGUGGGAGCAAAGGUGGAGGUGGGAGCAGAGGCGGGCGCAGAGGCGGGCGCAGAGGCGGGCGCAGAGGUGGAGGUGGAGGCGGGCGCAGAGGUGGAGGUGGAGGCAGGCGCAGAGGUGGAGGCGGGCGCAGAGGUGGAGGCGGGCGCAGAAGUGGGCGCAGAGUGUGGGCGCAGAGAGGUGGAGGUGGGCGCAGAGGUGGGCGCAGAGGUGGGCGCAGAGGUGGGCGCAGAGGUGGGCGCAGAGGUGGGCGCAGAGGUGGGCGCAGAGGUGGGGGCCGAGGUGGGAGCAGAGGUGGAGGUGGGAGCAGAGGUGGAGGUGGGCGCAGAGGUGGGCGCAGAGGUGGGGGCCGAGGUGGGAGCAGAGGCAGAGGUGGGCGCAGAGGUGGGCGCAGAGGUGGGCGCAGAGGUGGGCGCAGAGGUGGGCGCAGAGAGGUGGGGCAGAGGGGGGGCAGAGGUGGGGGCAGAGGUGGGGGCAGAGGUGGGGGCAGAGGUGGGCGCAGAGGUGGGCGCAGAGGUGGGCGCAGAGGUGGGGGCCGAGGUGGGAGCAGAGGUGGAGGUGGGAGCAAAGGUGGAGGUGGGAGCAGAGGCGGGCGCAGAGGCGGGCGCAGAGGCGGGCGCAGAGGCGGGCGCAGAGGUGGAGGUGGAGGCGGGCGCAGAGGUGGAGGUGGAGGCAGGCGCAGAGGUGGAGGCGGGCGCAGAGGUGGAGGCGGGCGCAGAAGUGGGCGCAGAGGUGGGCGCAAAGGUGGGCGCAGAGGUGGGCGCAGAGGUGGAGGCGGGCGCGGAGGUGGGCGCAGAGGUGGGCGCAGAGGUGGGCGCAGAGGUGGGCGCAGAGGUGGGGGCCGAGGUGGGAGCAGAGGUGGAGGUGGGAGCAGAGGUGGAGGUGGGCGCAGAGGUGGGCGCAGAGGUGGGGGCCGAGGUGGGAGCAGAGGCAGAGGUGGGCGCAGAGGUGGGCGCAGAGGUGGGCGCAGAGGUGGGCGCAGAGGUGGGAGCAGAGGUGGGAGCAGAGGUGGUGGGCGCAGAGGUGGGCGCAGAGGUGGGCGCAGAGGUGGAUGUGGGCGCAGAGGUGGAGGUGGGCGCAGAGGUGGAGGUGGGCGUGGAGGUGGGCGCAGAGGUGGAGGUGGGCGCAGAGGUGGGCGCAGAGGUGGGCGCAGAGGUGGGCGCAGAGGUGGUGGGCGCAGAGGUGGGCACAGAGGUGGGCGCAGAGGUGGAGGUGGGCGCAGAGGUGGAGGUGGGCGCAGAGGUGGAGGUGGGCGCAGAGGUGGGCGCAGAGGUGGGCGCAGAGGUGGGCGCAGAGGUGGGCGCAGAGGUGGGCGCAGAGGUGGGAGCAGACGUGGGAGCAGACGUUCUGUCUGUGGUAACCUUCGAUCAGUGUUUUUUGCCUGUGCCAAACUGUGCAGCUGAUAACUCCCUCACACAUAUCCACCUCCGGAGCUUAUCAGUCCAACGUGCUGCAAGCGGCGGUCAGCAGAAAAAGCUGCCGGGACUGGAAGUGCUCUGUUCUGUACAUAAAGAUGAGUAUAAGCUGAAGGGAGUGGAGGAGGUGAAGUACAUGAGAGGAGAGGAAACCAGGGUGAACGCACGCAACCUGGAGAAUCUGGUGAGCCACAAAAACACACAGCCCUGA